AUGGUCGCCGCCCUCCAUCGCCAUAGACCAAGAAGACCUUCGAUCGAUAGUCUGCACCCCUUGACGAGUCCCAGGAGGGGGAAACGUCCAGUCACCUGUGUACCCGAACUCCCAACCGGAAAUCAGAUUUUAUCUCACCCUAAGAUUCCACAAUUUUUCUCUGACGAAAGGAUUGAACAAGAGAUUGUGGACAAAGCAGACCCCUGGAGCUUCGGUUCGUGCAAGCUAGCUCAACACGACGAAGGCACUUAUAGACAGGGACCGGCCGAAGGCUUCUGUAGACUACAGACGUCACCAACCACUGCCGUAUUCUACGUUUUCCCUCGCACCCAUUCGACAGUACCAACUAUGAGUCGCCCGCGAGUUGAUAUGGACAAGCGUCAGGGAGGAAUAGCGAUUCUAUCCUUUGCAAACCCACCCGUGAACGCGUUAUCUUCAACCUUGCAAAAGGAAAUUUCGACUGCUCUCAAGUCUGUUCUCGCGGAUUCGUCGGUUCGCGCGGUUGUCGUGCACGGGGCUGGAUCUCCAGGUUUCUUUUCAUCUGGUGCUGACGUUUCCCAGUUCGCUGGCUUCGCCUCAGGACAAGAAGUUUUCUCAGCAGAAGGGUCAUGGUUUUAUUCUGGUGCGGAAGAAUCCCCUAUCCCCGUAGUUGCGGCGGUUGAUGGAGUUUGUUUUGGGGGUGCACUCGAGUUUGCUCUGUGCUGCUCAGCGCGAGUUGCAUCGGAGAAGAGCUCCUUCUCAUUGCCAGAACUCAAGCUGGGCAUCAUUCCAGGUCUAGGCGGUACCCAGCGGCUUCCGAGGCUUGUUGGCUUCGAGAAGGCCAUUCCCAUGAUGCUGAAUUCUUCGGUCUUGCCAGCCCACGCUGCCUGCGACGCCGGUCUACAUGGUGGAAGAAAAGGCCUCAAAGAAGAGGCUCGAGUAUUUCUCAAGUUAGUAACUUCACCAGAAUCUCAAGGAACGGUGCACAUGUUCUUCGGUUCUAGGCAGACUUCAAAGGUUAAACUGCAAAAUGAUCCCUGUGCCAAUGAGAAAGGGAGAGUACCUAAGAAAGUUAGCAUUAUCGGCGGUGGACUCAUGGGGGCUGGGAUUGCAACAGCUAUCUUGUCCGCAAAUAUCCCAGUCGUGAUCAAGGAGCUUAACGAGAAGUUCGCAGCAAGUGCUCGAAAGAGAGUGGAGAGAAAUCUUGGCAUUAAGGGAGCUUCCAAAAUGCAAAUGCUAUCUGUUACAACUGAAUACGAUGACCUUCGCGAUGUUGACAUCGUGAUCGAAGCAGCUCUUGAAAACCCAAGCCUGAAACAGGAAAUCUUUGCAGCACUGGAGUCCACUUGUCGCCCAGACUGCAUUUUAGCUACGAAUACAUCCACGAUUAACUUGGAUUUAAUCGGAAUGGGGGCUCCUAUUGCCCACAAAGAGGGAAGAAUUAUAGGAGUACAUUUCUUUGCUCCCGCUCAUAGGCUGCCAUUGCUUGAAGUUGUUCGGACUGAAUCUACUAGUGCCAAAACAAUCAAAGACGUUCUCGCUCUCGGAAAGAAGAUUAAGAAAACACCGGUUGUGGUAGGAAACUGCGCGGGAUUUGCAGUGAAUAGACUCUAUUUCCCUCAGAGCAUGGUGGCGGGAUUCCUCUUGAUAGAGCUGGGUCUGGAUCCCUACAAAGUCGAUAGAGUUUGUGAGGCCUUUGGAUUACCGAUGGGCCCGUUCCGUCUUUCUGAUCUUGUAGGUUUGGACAUAAGUGUUGCCGUCGGCUCAGUUUUUUCCGCUGCAUUUGCGGACAGAACGGUGGAAACAAACCCGGUCAUCGCAGAGAUGCUUGGAGCAGGUCGGAAAGGACAGAAGUCCGGUGUGGGUUUCUAUCGCUACAGCAGUGAAUCCAGGAAAGCAGUGCCUGACCCAGAUGGGAUUGCACCUUUCCUCGAGCGUGCUCGCGCCAAGGUACACUCUGGACCUGAAGCUGAAAAGCUUCGAGCAGUUGUAGCAGACCUGUCGGAUAGUGACAUCGUCAACAUGAUUCACCUAUCAUGCGUCAACGAAGGGUACCGUAUUCUUGAAGAAGGUGUGGCUAUGAGCUCCGUAGACUUGGAUGUUUGCUCUGUUAUGGGAAUGGCAUUCCCUGCCUUCCGUGGCGGACUGAUGUACUGGGCUGAGAAGACAUUUGGGGGAGCCGUCGGUGUCUUACAAGAGCUUGAACGCUUUCUCAAGAUGUCCAAUGGGUUUCCACUGUUCAAACCUUCGCAGAGCCUCAUCCGCUCAGCAGCGCGCAACAAGGCUGUUGGAGAAAUUGUACGUCCACCACUUUCGACCGGAGAGCACGGUGACGUCGUCAUCGUUUCGGCUUUCAGAACGGCUGUUGGACGCGCAGGACGCGGCGGUUUCAAGGAUACCUUACCUGACAACUUAAUGAUUCCAGUUCUCAAAAGAGUUUUAGAAGAUACUGAUGUGAACGUCGAGGAAGUUGGUGACCUUGUCGCCGGAAACGUCCUUCAGAGAGGAGAUACAGGUGUGGUCCAACUACGUGUUGCCGGGCUACUCUCUGGUUUGCCAACUACUGUCCCUGUUCGCACUGUCAACCGUCUUUGCUCUUCUGGGCUUCAGGCUAUCGCCGAUGGAGCUGCUGCCAUUCAGGCUGGGUAUCAAAAAAUCGUCAUCGCGGGGGGUAUGGAGAGCAUGAGUAUGGCUUCGAUGCAGAACAAAGAACUUCGUCCGAAUCCACAGGUGAGAACUCUCAAAGAAGCUUCAAGCUGCUAUUUCCAGAUGGGUGAGACAUCAGAGAACGUUGCUGAAAAGUUUGGAGUCUCUCGAGAAAAGCAAGACAAAAUUGCAGUGUCCAGUCACGCUAAGGCGUCUGUUGCGAAGCUCGCCGGGAGGCAGAAGAGUGAGAUUGUCCCGGUGAAGACGAGGGUGACGGUCAUUGACAGGGAGACCAAGAAGGCAACUGCGCGCCUUGCCAAACUUCCGGCCGUCUUUCGCAAAGGAGGUAGCACCACUCCAGGGAAUUCUUCGCAGCUCAGCGAUGGAGCUGCAUUAGUGAUGCUAAUGAAGAGAUCAGAAGCGGAAGCGCGCGGCCUCGAGCCCCUUGCUAGGCUUCGAUCAUAUGCUGUAACUGGAGUGGACCCUGCAAUUAUGGGUAUCGGACCCGCAGCCGCGAUACCAUUAGCGCUCGAGAAGGCAGGCAUCACCACGGAUGAUGUUGACCUAUUUGAAAUUAACGAAGCCUUCGGAUCUCAAGCAGAGUACUGCAUUGAGAAACUGGGCCUCAAUCGGGACAUUGUCAACGUUAACGGCGGAGCAAUCGCGAUUGGUCAUCCAUUGGGGAUGACAGGCGCUCGGCUGACUGUCUCCAUUAUUCACGAGCUGCAUCGGCGUCAAGGUCGCUUUGGAGUAGUCUCAAUGUGUAUCGGUUCGGGAAUGGGGGCAGCAGCUGUGUACGAGAUCAACAAACCGCAGCUAUCGUCAAGAUUGUAGAGUUCUCAGUUUUGCAUGUGAAGAAGAGAAAACUAUACGCUUCUCAACAAGAGUCAUUUCAAUUCGCAACUGCAGGUAGAGAGCGUAGGUUUCAGUUAAAACCACUUAGGAGAUCGUGAUCAUUCCAGGAAUAAUGUUCUGUCGACGUAGUCAAGUAGAGCGAUUUUCAGACUUCGAAAGAAGCUUAUAUCAAGGCCCACUCGUUUGGUACU